CUUCUGAUACUGUUACGAGAUGACCAUCCGGCUAUACGAGCCAUGUGCUUCCAUCUGCUACGUCUUUGCCUGUUUACCGAGAAGAAUCUAGUCUUUCUCCUCACUAAUCAUGUGGACAUAUACACAGUGCGGCUGGCUCUCGGUUGCUUUGCAGUGUUUCUGGAGUUCUGUGUUUUGGAACCUGAGCUUGUGUUGGACAUGGCCGGGACGGAUUGGAUGGUACGAAUACUUACCGGAGCAAGCGCAAUCAGCGAGAGGGUUACCGCUGUCGUUGCGCGAAUCUUGGUUGCGUGGCUUGAUCAGCCAAAAUUACGGGCGAAAGGACAACUGCAUCUUGUUCUCGAGCAAAUUUUCGCUCCUCUUAUCGAGUUCGGCUUUUUCCAGAAGAAUCUAUCUUCUACCGAAAUUGGCGAACGGAUUGUAGAAUCCGCCAUGAGCAAUUUUGCACACUCUUUUCUAUGCAUUCUUCGGUCGUGGCCGGGUCUUUUUUCAUGUGCCGCAAUCGGUCCAAAUUCUUCAGCAAUAGCAUCUUCCCCUUUGAGGCUAUUGGAAUAUCUGGGUUUGGGCACCGUCGAUGACUCCAACUUAUCGCGUAUUCGUGACAUGAUAGUUUCCAUUUGUUGUGAAUUCCUGAAUCUUCCAUAUGCUUGUAAAAAUUUUGGGGACUGGAACACCGCUUUGGAAUAUUACGCACGUUUUAUCACUUUUGAAAUUGCACAAGAUGUCUUUAGGCUACUGGAGUAUCUGGGUUUGGGCACCGUUGAUGACUCCAACUUAUCGCGUAUUCGUGACAUGAUCGUUUCCAUUUGUUGUGAAUUCCUGAAUCUUCCAUACGCCUGUAAAAAUUUUGGGGACUGGAACACCGCUUUGGAGUAUUACGCUUCCAUGGCUGUGCCGGAUAAGUUCUGUGAUUCUCUCAAAGAUGACUUUGUACUUGCUCAAGUUGACAUAUGCAUAGCUAACGAUAAGGAAUGUGCCCGCCAUGUUGACCUGUUGGCUUCAUUCCGGUCAUUAGCUGCUAUGAUUCUCAUAAAUGCUGGGAUCGUUCAAUCUCUUGCGCGCUUGAUUGUUUCACAGCCGGAUUCAAGUAGUGGAACUAAGGCAACAUUGUUUCUCGCGGAUGUCUUGAAGAUGGUAGGUUUUUAUGGAAAGUUUCAAGAUUUCUAA